AGCAGGACGUCACCGGAGUGGAAUGGUCAUUUUUGGUGGGGGUAGCUAUAAAGAAAAGCUUUUUUCUUCUUCUGAGCGCUUUCCAUGUCCUCUCCGAGCAACACGCACGUCCCUCUGAGCGCCAUGGCGCACAAGAGCAAGACCAAGAUGAAGCACUUUGUUCAGCAGAAAGUGGAGGUUUUCCGUGCCAGAGAUUCUGUGUCGAGCGUCCUGGUGUGGGGAGUCAGUCACUCGACAAACAACCUGAGCCAGGUGCCCGCACCUGUCAUGCUGCUACCUGAUGACUUCAGAGCCAGCACCAAGGCGAAAGUCAGCAACCACCUCUUCAACAAAGAGAACCUGCCCGGACUGUUUAAAUUCAAAGAGUACUGUCCACAAGUCUUCAGAAACCUCCGUGAACGCUUUGGCAUUGAGGACCAAGACUACCAGGUGUCUCUGGCUCGCAGUCGCCCGCUCAAAGACCCGGAAGGGCACCGUGAGGGCCUGCUGCUCACGUCCUAUGACCGCACUUUGGUGGUCAAGGAAAUCUCCAGCGAGGAAGUGGCAGAGAUGCACAACAUCCUGUCCGAGUACCACCAGCAUGUGGUCACCUGUCACGGCAGCACGCUGCUACCUCAGUUCCUGGCGAUGUACAGAGUGACAGUGGAGAGUGACGACACCUACCUGCUGGUCAUGAGGAACAUGUUUAGCCACAGACUGCAUGUACACAGGAAGUACGACCUCAAGGGCUCUCUGGUGUCUCGCGAAGCAAGUUUUAAAGAGAAGGUCAAGGAGCUUCCCACCUUCAAGGAUGUUGACUUCAUGAACAACAUGCAGAAGAUUUAUGUGUCUGAUGAGCAGAAGGAGAUCAUCAUGGACAAGCUGAGUAGAGAUAUUGAGUUCCUGGCGCGUAUGAGAAUCAUGGACUACAGCCUUCUGCUGGGCAUCCAUGAUGUGCAGCGAGCCGAGAAGGAGGAGGAGGACAUGGGGACGGAGUCGUCCGGCGCUGAAGAAGAGCCGGACGAAGUCGUCUCAGCUGUUGCUCCCAUGAGCUCCACCUCCCCUGAAGGCAUCGCUGGAUACAUGAGCUCCUUCAAAGCCAUGGGCCCCGGGGAGUUUGACCCUUAUGUGGACGUCUACGCCGUAGAGAGCGCUGUAGGUGCGCCACAGAGGGAAGUGUACUUCAUGGGUCUGAUUGACGUUCUCACGCAGUACGACACCAAGAAGAAAGCUGCUCAUGCUGCCAAGGCUGUCAAACAUGGGGCGGGAGCAGAAAUCUCCACAAUUCACCCCGAGCAGUACGCCAAACGCUUGAGGGAGUUCAUCACCAAGAUCUUUGCCUGAUAGUGCAAACUUGCACACGCGCGGUGUCACCGUGCGCCAUAUCUUGCUUCUUCACGUACUGUACCUUGCCUUUAAAGUCAUGGUUCGCUUCACUUCGGGUACACUAAGGGAAUACAAGUAAAAACAUGCUUAGAUUUUGUGUGUAAACAGCUUUAAGGAUUUAAAAAGACUAAACAUUGCAAUAAUUUAUGGUAAAUUCUCCCUUAAAGGGGAACUGCAGUUUUUUGUGGGGAAUUUGGCCUAUCAUUCGCAAUCUUUAUGUAAGCAUAUGUUUUUCUUCUAUUAUGCAUUCUAAGUCGUUAAAUACGACACGUACGAGCUGGCUAACAAUGAAGCUAAUUGGAGUACACUAUUCCGCCCGUAAAAACCCUCUCAAAACAUCCAAAAACUACCAACAAUGCUCAAUAUACGUUUCAUCCAUCCAUCCAUUCAUUUUCUACCGCUUGUCCUUCUAGGGCAGGGGUGUCAAACUCAAAUACAGAGUGGGCCAAAAUUUAAAACUGAACAAAGCCGCGGGCCAAGGUUGAACAAAUUAACAUUUUGAUAGGGACCCAAACAAGUUUUGCAUUGAAUAUUGAACAAGCAAGGCUUGUAUAACUUUAUAGUGACAUGCAAAAUCGAGUUUCAAAUAUUAAUAAUAAUAAUUAAAAAAUAUCAAUGGCAUAUCAAAUACAAUUUAAAUAAAAAUUGAAUGCCUCUUUUCUAUUUGCAGCCUUCUGAGGUAAAUAUCAACAUGAACUUUUUCCACAAGCUAAUAAAUUUGAAAAUAAAAUAACAAUGAAUAAACCAACCAUUCAGCACUUUAAACUGCUCAGUUUGCAACACACUGAUCUAAUCUGAUGUGCCCAAGCCAGAUACCUGCCAUCUUUUCUUAGAUGCUAGUUCAUUAAUGUCGGGGCUCAGGCUUUGAGCUGAGGCAACCUUCAUUAUCGAACGAAGUUGUUCAUCAGUCAUUAUAUCUCGUAGUCUUCAAGGUACUGCCUUUAACGUAUUCUACGAGCUGUCGUCACGUCCGCUUUUCAUCCAUUCUAACAACGUGCCGGCCCAGUCA